AUGGCAACGAAUACCACGGAAACCAAGUUGAUCAGCCCCUCCUGCAUCGGCCAUUUUGGCCUGCGCACCACCCCAGAGAAUUUCGAAGCAAUGGUUCAAUGGCAUCUGAAUUUCUUCGGCGGUCAUAUCACCCUGCGCAACGAGAAAGCCGCCUUCAUCGCGUACGACGAAGAACACCAUCGCCUCGUGAUCGUCAAUGACAAGAGCCACCGGCCCAUCGAUGAUCGGAGGACCGCGACGGGAAUCUACCACAUUGCGUUUACGUUGCGCAGCCUCUCUGAACUGGUUGAGAGUUACGAACAGAGGAAGGCGCUCGGUAUCCUGCCUCACUGGCCGGUCAACCACGGCAUGAGCACCAGCAUGUACUACUUCGACCCGGAUGGAAACGAGUUCGAGUUGCAGGUGGACAAUUUUGAUACGCCGAAGGCUGCACGGGAAUUCAUGGCUAGUGAGGAGUACGCCCAAAACCCGAUUGGGGUGGAUAUUGACAUGGAUGAAUUCAUUGCGAGGGUUCGUAGUGGUGAGGAUGAGGCGGCUAUUAAGAAGCGGCCGGUGAUUGGGCCGAGACUGUCGCGAUGGGAGAAUUCGAUCUACUUUAAGGAGUAA